GGUAGUACCAACCUACAGUCCACGGAAGAUCUUGUUCCAUUUGCAGCGAUGGAACGAGGAAGCCAUGAGCAAGCUCACGACGUGGCGGUGGUGGUCGUCCCCCUCCCGGCGCAGAGCCACCUGGCGCAGCUCCUCCACCUCUCCCUCCUUCUCUGCGGCCGCCCCGGUGUCUCGGUCCACUACGCCACCUCCCGCACCCACAUCCGUCAGGCCAAGUCCAGGCUCCAUCCCGCCUGGGGCUCCGGCUCUGUUUCCCAGAUCCGUUUCCACGAGCUCCCCAUCCCUGCUUUCCCCAGCCCACCUCCCGACCUCAACUCUGCUUCCACCAAGUUUCCCGCCCACUUCCAACCCAUGUUCGACGUCUUCGAGCACCUGCGCACCCCGUUGUCCACCCUCCUCCGCUCCCUCUCAACCUCCUCCCACCGCGUCGUCGUCGUGCACGAUUCCCUCUCCUCCUUCGUUGCCGCUGAGGCUGCCGCUCUCCACAACGUGGAGUCCUACACCUUCCAUUGCGUCCCGGCUCUGUUCCAACUGGUAUUCUGUCUCCCGUCGGUCGCUGACGAGCUGAGAGAUGGAGGCUUGUCACUCCCUCCCUUGGACGGUAUCAUCACUGAAGAAUUCGGCGUCUUCGCGAGGCGCCAAUUGGCAGAGGCCAGCGCCGGCGCCGGGACACUGUUCAAUACGUGCCGACCGAUCGAAGGCUUGUUCAUCGACCUUGUCGCUCGGGAACCCGAGUACCGUGACAGGAAGCUUUUCACUGUCGGGCCCCUGAGUCCGAUGGCACUCCUCCUCAACGGAGGCGGCCUUCGACAGCCACACGAGUGUUUGGACUGGCUAGACAAGCAAGCA